AUGAGCGUUUUGGAAUCGUCAGCUUGUAUACGUUUCAAGGCAGCCAAGGAUAAGCCAAACGGCAAUGACACAUGGCUACACAUCACGAACCCAAAAAAGAAAAGAGAAUGUGUCCACGAACCCGAGAUCCUGGAAAAUGGUGAAAUUGUUUUAGUACUUGGUUAUGACUGCCUUAAAUCCAGAGAUUUGAUACAUUCUCUGCUCCACGGUAUUGGGUUGAAGGACGAAGUGACGCAUCCUCACAGAGACAACUAUGUCAAAAUUGUGUGGGAGAAUAUACAACCUGCUUAUAGACACCUAUACCGUACCCAACCAGUAGAGAAUUCUAGAGGCAUAGUUGAGUACGACCCAUUGAGUAUUAUGCAUUUCCACGAUCGAGCUUUCAGCAUUAAUGGCAAAGCAACAAUCCUACCUUUGGAGACAGGUUUAAGGAUUUCGCCUUCAGAGGGCUUAUCACAGUUGGACAAAAUGAAGUUACAUAUAUAUUUUGGACACGAAUGUAAUAAGAGGAAAUUUGUUUCCCUCAUGGAAACAUGUAAAAUGUCUUUAAAGAGUAAAAAAGAUUCGGCCAGUGAUGAAAAACGUGAGAAGCGAAAGGAUAAAGAUAAUGUUACAGGAGAAAAAGGUGAUGAUAAUAAUGAAAACGAUGAAAAUGAGGGAAAAAAUGUUACGAAGGAAGCUAAUAAGCUUGAAAAGGGUGAAACAGGUGAAGAACCAGAAGAAGAAGCAGAAAAUCUUAAUGGAGAAGAGAAUAAUUCUAAUAAUGAGGAUCAACAGGAUGAAAAUGAUGUUCAGCAAGAUGAAAAUGAGGAUCAGCAAGAUGAAAAUGCUACAGGGAAAAACUUACACGGAAAUGAAACGAAACUUGCGGAAAAUGAUGACGUUGAAGAAACAAAAAACACAGAAGAGGAUAACACUCCAAGGAUGAAAAAUGCUCAUACUGAUAACGAGAAUACUGAUGAUUCAAAAGAAAAAACAGAAAAAAGAUAUGUUCCUGCAGUAAUCGGAGUCAUAGCUACGGCAAACUCUGACGCGAGUUCCGGUAACGUAAAUCAGUUGACGGAAUCGGAUUCCGCAACGGAAAAGAAAAUGAAUUCUGGAAUCAAUUUAAAUUAUGAUAAUUAUACUGAUUAA